GAGUCACUCUACGGCACGCACGAGGGACGGUCGCUCGGUUUCUCUCGUCGCUCAACAUUCACGCGGACAACUGGGUCAAAGGCUUCGUGUUAACAUCGAAUCCUUAUACAUCCUGUGUUGUGACCGAAUACAGUGCAAGUGAAUUACAAUCAAACUUAGUGAUAUAUUAAAUUAAACGUGCGGUUCUUUUGAAGUGUACGGGAUGCGUGCGUGAGCGCAGCGCAUGACGUGCUACGAAACGUUGAGAGCUCCGGCACCCGCCGCGGACGCCCCCAUGGCGCACCACUUCGUCAAGUGGUGGCGCAACAAGUUUACAAAUGGAUACAAGAAGUUUAGCAUUGGUACGGAGAGCGAGCGGACGGACACGGAGGAGCUGGUGGGAAGAGCCGCUUCCCAGUGCUCAGCACCCCCUGACCUGCUGCCGAGCGAGGCCCGUGCCCUGCUGCAGCCCAGCACACCGCCGGCCCCGCCGCCGCGCGCCUCGCACGAACCUGUCUACAAGCCACCACCCGCGCCCACGCCGCCGCCCCCAGAAAACAAUGAUGAAAAGCACCAUCAUAGGCUGCGAUUUGAGGAGCUGACGUGUGAUGUAGAACUGCAACAUCCAGAGCCUUCGAAACAACAGCCGCUUCAGUUCUCCUUCACCCUUUAUGACCUCGAUGGACACGGGCGCAUGACCAAGGACGACAUAGCUGGCAUUGUGUCAACAAUAUACGAAUCUAUAGGAAAAUCGGUGACUGUGCCACACUAUGGCUCCAAAACAAUACAAGUGCGAUUAACAGUUGUGCCAGAAGAUGGCAAAUGUAGAAACCACCGAGAAAGACGAGAGGCGCGGAGACGCCGACGUAGAGAAUGUUCAUCUACUAUUAACGCAUCUCCUCCUGACUGCAUUGAUCAUAGUGAAGAUGAGCACAGAGGGCGACUCUCACCCGACGAUGAUGUCUCCUCCAAAUCAUCAUGUUCGGGUGACCGAAGACCCGUCCACAGUUCCCCAAGGCAAACCACAUACACGCAAUCCCGAGCCCACCGCCAACCUCGCAGGGAACACAGGGAACGAAAACACACUAAAAAACGUUCUGGAAGUUUGCAACGACGCGAAUUAUUGGAAAUCAUUCAAGCCAACAUGGAAAAGAACCAUAUGAGCUUUCAAGCCUCAAGAAAGCCGUGUGAACCUGUUGUCAUUGAUGAAGAAGUUACAAACAAAUAUCAGAAGCAUCGAAAUAGAUCGUAUACAGUCAGUGAAAAGCCAAUAAAUGCAUUCCAAAAAAAGAAAUCCGAUAACUCUGGUAAUGGAUACUUAGAUCUCGCUAGCGGCGGCGAUUCAAAUUUAUGUCGGUACGACCGUUAUCUACAUGCGGUGAUUUGUUCGUCGGCCCGGCACGCGAACACCGGGUACCAUCAGAAGCAGAGUCAGGUGCCGCGGCCGGCGCGGGCCCCGCACGCAUGCCACGGCCGCUCCAGAUCACACGACCUGCCCGGCCAAGCGCAUGCCACGCAACAACCAAGAGUAUUACAAAUUAUAUUCUUAUAGAAUUUGACAAAGGCAUCUCCGGUAACGGUUGUGCCCGCUCACGUGUUUGCGCGUGUGUUUAAGGUAGGAUUGUAAUUUUAAUAUUGAGUUACCAAGCGCUGUUUGAAAGUCACUUUAAAAUAAAUAAGGUGAGAUUUUUCUGAGGAAUUCCAAAAUGUUCCCAUUUAUGUCUAAGUAUUCACAAUCUGGGUAGAAGGUUUGCUCAUCUGGCAUGCUCAAAUGGUUCCAUGCAUAGAUCUGCGAACGAGAAAAUGUACUUAAGGUUCUCGUAUUUUUAAGAUAUUAAUUAUUAAAAUAUACAUAGGUUGCUCUUAAAAAAAAUGAAGAAGCUCACCUUACGAAUGGCCUAUUUUCAGUCCAGAGUUUUCGAUAAAAAUGCUGCCUUAGAUAAUAUGUAAUUUGAAAAAGUGCCUUCACUUGGUAACUUUGGUGUUAACUGGACCUUAGACUAACUAGCAGAGUUCAUGAUGUAUACUUGCACUGAUAGGUGAUAAUGCUCAGUAGACUAUGUACCUUUGAUAAUACAAGACUCAUUUUAGAGUUUCAUAGACUGAUUUUAGUUGUAAGUGUUAGGUACUUCAGCGAUGAUAGUUUAUAACAUUGUUAUUAUGAAAAUUUCAAGUACAAUUAUACAUACUUAUGUUAAGGUUGCUCAUCUACUUACUUUUACAUGGAUUAAAUGUUUUCAGUUUCACUGUAUGUAAAAAGAACCCUCCCAGUUACAUUACCAAUAUCAGUAUUCAUUAUUUUAAGUUAAUGAAAGAAUCUCUAUGUUUUAUCUACCUCUAUUAUGCUUUCAUAAUGUAUUUAUAACUUAUUGUGGACGGCUGAAUUAUGUUAAUGUUAGCAGGUAGGUCUUUGUGAUAAUUUGUUAAAAGAAGUAAUUGUAUGUAAUGAUUUCAACUGGAAAUUAAAGUUCAGUUGUUGAUGUACAAAGUGCUGUAUCUUGUCAAAAAUAUUUAUUGUCAAAUAUAAUCAUGAGAUUAA